AGCAGCAGCAGCGACAGACACACACACCCGCCCCCCAGCUCCGAGCCCCGGAGUCGCUCGGCGCACGCGCAGAGCGGGAGGUCCGAGCGCCCCGCGCUAGACAGAAGCGGAGUGGGCGGGGCCCUGCACAUCCGGGUCCCUGGCGCUCUGCCCCAGCCCAGCCUGGCAGUGCGGUGCUGUGUGUGUGCCUGUCAGUCAGCGGGAGCGAGGCGGCUGCGGCAUCGACGGACUCCCUCCGCCAGGGCGGCAUCUCUGGCCCAUCCAUGAGCUCAGAUUUCCAGCAUUACAGUUUCAGGAUGCCGAACAUUGGGUUUCAGAACCUGCCUCUCAAUAUAUACAUUGUGGUUUUCGGCACUGCCAUAUUCGUCUUCAUCCUUAGUUUACUCUUCUGUUGCUACUUGAUCAGGCUCAGACAUCAGGCACACAAAGAGCUUUAUGCCUACAAACAGGUUAUUCUAAAGGAAAAAGUAAAAGAGCUUAAUCUGCAUGAGAUCUGUGCCGUUUGUUUGGAGGAAUUCAAGCCCAAAGACGAGUUGGGAAUCUGUCCAUGUAAACAUGCCUUCCACAGAAAGUGCCUCAUUAAGUGGUUGGAGGUGCGAAAAGUGUGUCCACUCUGCAACAUGCCUGUCCUACAGCUGGCACAACUCCAUAAUAAGCAGGACCAUGGGCCUCCCCAGGGACCCCUGCCUGGGGCAGAGAACAUUGUAUAGCUUCUCCCAAGCAAAGGACACUUCCAUCACAAAAACUAUCGCAAGGAUGAAAACAGUGGGCUUAUGCAGAGAAUCGCAGAUCUCUGAAUCUGUUGCUUACAGCCUUGGUGCAUCUACCAGGAUUCCCUUUGUCUCAUGAAGAGCUCCCACAAUGCACUUUCGGGGACGGGGCCAGAUGCUUGGACUUCAGAACAACCAAAGCAAUAUGCCACCAGCGCAACAAGAAGACAAAAGGCAACAACAAGCCUAGUGUUUGGGUUUUUGAGAGCACUUUAUGAUGGACCAUGUCGCCGAUAUUACAUGUGUAGGCCUGGUACCUGUUUCCGGCUAGUUGACUAUAUGGUGUGCUGAGCAGGAGGGAUAAUGUUACAAGUAUAAUAAGAGAACUCACAAAGCAAAGUCUUUCAAGACACUGGCCCCUGGGUACCUUGAAUGGCAGAUCCUAUGCAGCCAGUGGACAUCUUCCCAUCUUAAGAAAACAAAACCAACCUUCACACCCCCUUUAAAAACUGUCUCCGUAAGGCCAAACCCAGCCAGCGGUUACUUCACGCUGAAUUGCUAGUGGCUGGAGAAAUGAGCAAGGGUUUUACAUUGUUCCUUUGCAGAGAUUUUCCCGAAGUUGUGGGAUUACUCCGAAGUUUACAUUUUGACAAUGUCCUAUUAGCAUGGACAGCACUAGACCAGUCUGCCAACAGCCUCUAAGACAGUGCAAGCGCAUCAGCGCUCUGGGCUGACAUAGUUCCAGGGAAGGUUUGCAGGUAUUGGGCUGCAUCUGUCCAGUAAGGGAACUGGAUCACUCUAAUGUGCACAUAUGGCCUGAUUGUUUCGGAGGUGCUGAGCACCCACCGCUCCCCAGUCUUCAUCUCUGAAAAUCAACCCUUACAUGACCCCAGAGGAGCAGUGAGGUUGGAUCUGCUCUUGAGAACAUCCGUUGUCCCCUGAGUGUUCUGGGAAGUGAUGGGAUGAUUUCCUACCAAGUGCUGUCAUUAAGCUGGCGUCGGAUACAGGCACUUACUGCAAACCACGCAGCAGCCAUACAUGUGUCCGUAUUUUCCUCUGCACUAGGAAAGCCCUUUUAAAAGUCCAAGUCGGAGGCCCAGCGCUUGCACACUUCCUUUCCCUUCUUGUGUAGUUGGUGAAGCUUGGCUGCAGUACACAGCCUCACUCUCCUGUCUGCACAAUCACAAUCUCAAAGGGCUGACUUAACCUGGGCGCAGACAGGCCCAAGUCCACUAAAUUCAGCAGAGCUGCUGCCUCUUACUUCAGAGCCAAUGAUAAACCUUGACUAUCUUGUUUCUCUCUCUCGGCUCAGAAUUAGUGAGAGGUACCAUAGAUCUAUCCGUGUCAUUCUGCUGAAAUCGAUGUGUAUCGGGCUAAGCGGUGGGGCACAGGUCUGUGUGUGUGGGUGCGUCUCUGGGGGUUGAGGAGUACUCCUGGUGUUUGGCUGAAGUAUGUUUAAGCUGGGUAGGUUUCUGAUUUCUAACUCCACUUUCUGAGUGAUUCAAAAGUACUGACACAACUGAGAUUCCUGAAUUAGACCAAUAAUAAACAGUACAGGUGCAGGUGGACCAGAGGGAAAUUCUCCUUAAAUGUACAUAGCUAGCCAUUGUCUAAAAUAACGUAAAUGUGCACAUUGCUUACUUGCCAGCCCGUUCUCCUCCUAGGUACACACCUGUGUGCUUAGCAUCUGCUGUAAUGCAGUCCCAGGAGAGCCUCACAGCUACUCCCAUUCAAGGCAGAUCCUCUGGUUCUUUAACAAUGUUCCAGGAGCCUAAUAUCCCCUGAUCUGUUCCCGUUGCUGUCACAUCCAAUCCAGUUUACAUCUCAUAUACUACCAGGAGUCCUUUUGUCUUCUAAACACUGCUUUAUAAGGGGCAAAUCCUGUCCCCGUUGAUCUCAAUGGAAAAACUCUCCUUAACCUCGGUGGCAUCAGGAUAGGGGACAUCAGAGGGGGAAGAUUCACUUCCUCUGAGCGCCCUCUGCACUGACUUUGACUAUGGCAGCCUGCAUGUUGUUUGCAGACUGUAUUGUGACGGGGUGGGAGGGGAAGGCACAUGGAUUUGUUCAUGAAUGUGAACCCAGCCACGCAUCUGUGGCUAGGUCACUCUGCUUAUUUGCCUGCUCGCAGGUAUUUGCAUGAGCUGUGAAUGACUGAACAGUUUUACAGAGGAGCUUUGCACCGACCAGUGGGAAGAAGGGUGGGUUGCGAACAUCUACCAUUAGCCACUUUGUCCACCAGGAACUUCAAAUUCCCCAUUUAACCAGAAUAGAAAAGGGCCAGAUGCCAUUAUUUCCCUUUCAUCGAUCAGCACCGAAGCUGGUAGCGGUUGGCAGUAUUAAUUAAAGCAACGUUAGGUGCCUUUGACCUUUGUUCCCUUUGCAGAGCUGCGGUACAGUACCGCCCCACCACCACCUCUUGCGGAUGAACUCGACAAUCCCACCAUGCCUCAGCCUGUCGAGUUUCUGUCUCUGGGCCAGCCAGGCAAGGCAUGCUGGCCUAUAGAUGGAUGUCAGCAAAGAGGGUGAAUGACUUGUGUGUCUGAUAUAGCCUAAUAUAUGCAUUUCUAAUGUGCCUACACAAUAAUUUAGGUCAGACUGAACAAAAAACCUCCUGCUGCCAUUGAAGUCAAUGGGGAAUUUUUGCCAGGGGCUUCACUAGGAGCAGGAUCUGAUCCAUAUUGUCUGUCCUGUGAUACGUGCCCCCCUCCUGAUCCCACCCACCACCAUUUAUCCUUUCUAUGUACUCUUAUUUUUUUGCCACAGCCAUUUUUUAAGUCAUUCAGAAAAAUCUGUGUCCUGAACGUGAUGUGUAUGAGACUCUUACCUAGGCAAUUAGGUAUCUUGGAUUCUAUUCUGAAUGGAACAAAGAUUUGGAUUUGAACUAUGAAUAUAAAUUGACAGGGCUGGCUUAGUGUCUUCCCUGCUGUCUCCUGGCUGGGCUGAUAACGUUUGCAUUUUAUUUCUGUGAUGAAUACCACAGGCUACAGUGCUGUAUCUCAUUGAGGAUAAAUAUGUGUGGUCCCUGCAUUCUUGUGCCCUGGAAAAGCAGCCAGCCUGGCUGCACUGCUUCUGAGGUGCCUCUGCUUGAGAAUCUCUGAAUUCCUUCCCUGAACAUCUAGGCCACUGAGGAUGCUCACAAAGAAAGUUGUGGCUUUUGGUCUCCACAGUAAAUGAAAGUGGCUCAUAGGCUGGUCUCUGACAGCAUAUGACUCCUGGAGGAGUGGAGUGCGGUGCUACUCUGGAGUGUGUGUGUCUUCAUUCCUGGAUUAGAAUUUAGUAUGAAUUCUAUGGGGCUUCCUCUCACAGCUCCUGAUCCUUUCAGGUUCUCCAUGAUCGGAGCUUCUCCAGAAAUCACUGGAGUUCUGUGCAAGGACAGUUUGCAGGAUCAGCCCUAAGGAUUUUUUCUGAUGGCUCGCUUGGUAAUAGGGUAGUGCAAAAAGCUUCAUGUCCGGGUAGGAAUCUAGCCUAGGUCACCAGUGUCUGAAAGUCAUGGCCACGUGAUGGCGGUUGAGUGACCUGUGAGUUGGGAGUCUCAUUCCCUUUGUUAGCAUCUGGUCUCUCCAUUCCCAGACACUUCAUCUCAUUUGGUACCCUUAUUGGGAAUCAGAGCAGCAAGGCUGAGACAUGGGCCAUGGGCACAUCUUCCUUCUCAUUCCUAGGGGUGUCUCUUCAAAGCAGGGACAAAGGCACAGGGAGGUGACUGCAUGAUGCUGUUUGCAGGACCGCUGUCUGUUCUGGGCACAGAUCUUCAGUCUUGAGAGUUUCAAUCUAUAAUUAGUUUAUUUAGUUUCACUAAAUUCUCUGAAACAAAACUUAACUUUUCUGGUUCUCUGCGUCAGAUCAAGUUAGAAGCAAACUUGAAACCAUGUUCUGAUUGGACCCCAAAUCCUGUAGGGGCUGGUAACUAUACAGAUACAUGUAAUACUGUCAGCACAGCAAAUAUAAAACCCGGGGGAGGGGAGAGUUAAAACCCUCUUGCAGAAGCUGCUUUGGGUUUGGUGCCACAGGAAAUGUCCUCUCAAAUGGCCAGAGGAAUUCCCUGCACUUGCCUGGUGUGCGACAUCCUUCGGUGUUUGUUUGAACGAGUACAUACAGUGUGGCUGCGGGUUUAUUCCACUUGCCUUGACCAGAAUAUUCAGCUCCCAGUCACAGCCACGCAGUCCACUUCUCAAUGAGCCAGUGGAGUGACGUGUAUUUUUUUUAAUGGGCUGUUACAGUGAGACUCCACCUUUCUCCUACUGCUGUCAGUUUUAGAGACAUCUCAGACGUACUCAGGUUCACCUUGCUGAGGGAUGUUAAGGUAGUUUGCCAGUUCCACUCUGUAGUCUCUGUAACCGGCACAACGCCACCUUGUGUGUAGUAUCUGUCUGGUAUCUCUGGAGCAAUUGACUACCUCAAGGGAGCCAUUUAAUGUCUUAAACGUCAGCGGUACUUGUCACAAAUGUAGGGAGGGGGGGUGCUAUACCCACAUCUCCGAGCAUAUGAACGUGUUGUCCUCUCUCCAUUUCCCAGCACUAGAUUCUGCAGAAUAGCACUCAGGCUCUUGAGCAGAUGUGUGCUUUGUUUCACAUUAACUGGUGACCAGAAUAUUUGGAUGGUUAGCCCCAAAGGUGGCACAGAUCCCUGCAAACUCAGCACUUCGAGACAGUGACCCAGGCUUGUGGGUGGAAUAAGGCUAAAAUAUUCACAGGAACCACAUUCCUGUCUGGUAAGUUUCCCUCUCCCAGUCUCGUUAGUCAAAAAUAUUUGUUUGGCAGGCCACCUGCCCACAACUCCCAUUCACUUCAAUGGGAUUUGUGUGUGAUUAGCGCCUCUCAAGAUCGGACCCUAAGAGCCCUUCAGCCAGUGGAUGAAAGUAGAAGCCCUCAUGGCAAAUGCAAUUGUAUCUCCCUUGAUUGAUUGGUCCCUUCGUAUAUAGACUUUCUAACCAGUAUUCUCUCCUCUAGUAUGUACCCAUAACUCCCACCAGUUAAUGGGAGGUACAUGUGUACAUAGCCAUGUGAGAAUAGGCCACUAAUGUUAGCAGGCUACUUGCAAUCACUUGGUUUCUUAUAGCUGAACUAGGACAAGUUGCUAGCUUGCUAUUUCUCCCAACUGCAUUAUUGAUGCAAAUCUCCAUUCCCAGUAGUUGAGUGGACAGGAUCUCUGUGAAUGGCCAGUUCUUGGUGCCAACUCGUGCUGUUGUACAAAAUGUACACUGUUCACUGUAAAAGCCACACCUUGUGGCAAAGAAGGUAUUUGGAAGUAUAGACUCUACCAUGUGCCUAUGUCUUGUGUUUCCUUCAAAAGUUGACUAUUUGCCUUUAUUGGAGAAAAUAAGCAACUUGUAGUCAACAUUUGAAAAAUCUCUUGUGUAUUUCAAAGCAAAAGGCUGGAGUGUUAAUUAGUUGCCAUAAACCAGGUUGCACUGACCCAUUGGUCCAGAGCAUUUGUAGUGGUGGUGGAUUCUGAAGCUUGAUCAGAUUUCAUUGUCUUGAUGAGGAAAUGGAGCUGCAGGGCAUAGCUCUGUGUCCUCCUGGAUGUGUCUUCCUAAAACUCUGCAUGGUUGGUGAAGGCUCACUUUCCCCCUGGCUUGUUUUUGGUGACUCCAGUAUUGAGCUGUUUGCCAGUGGAUGGCUGACUUCUCUGGGGUAACUCCAUGACCACCAGUGGAUUUAUACCAGUGUGAGAUCAGAAUCCAGCUCUGUGUCAUGGAGAUAACUAUAUAUUGAUCAGUCUCUAGAUGACUUUGGAUGUAAAUGGAAGGGGCAGGAUAUUACCUGAACCCUGCUCUUUCUUAAGGGUUUCUCUUUUUUGCUUCAGUAUUUACAACUCUCCCUACUGAAGGGGUGCAAGAAAGGGGUCAUUCAGUAUUACAUUGUACAGGCUUUUCUAAUGGCAGAGUAGACUGUUCUUUCCAAACCUUUUAGAAUGGGGGUAAAGUUUCCCAUUACCAAUUAGUCUGUGUAUUUUGAUAGCAUCAGUACCUGACCAGUCAAAUACUAGCGAUAGUUCUUGUGAUUAGGCCAUCAAGGGUUUGGGUUUGGGUUGGGGGGUGGUGUUUUCUCCUUCUCUGUAAAUACUGUGUGACUCCUGAGAUGUUUAUGCCUCUGGGUUCAUAGACAUGUUUGUACACUAAGAAUUCUGCAGCAGAAUAUUUUUUAAAACAUUCGCUGUUUUUUUGUAAGCUAUAUUUUUGUAUAUUUAAUUGCUAUUUUAAAAUUCUAAUGCAUCUUUUUUGCUAAUCACACUAUUGUUAAGGAAAAGAGAAUUUGCAUGUGAUUUGACUUGAAAUGUAAAUAA